UGAAGCUGUGACAUGGAGAUCAAACGGAUGAAUUCUGGUUGUGUGCUCAACUGAAAGGCUGUGUAUUGCGUGCAGUGCACACUAUAGCAGCUGGGAUUUAGAGCGUUUUUGUUAUCUGACGCCCUAUUUAAUGAAUUUGGUCUGGAAUCCAUAAAGAGUUUGAAGGGGAAAAGCUCGACCCGAAGUGCUUGAGGACGCAGUUCAUCAGGCGAAACAUGCACUGUCUGUUUCCGUAAUGGAAAAGAAGGAACUUUCUCACGUUGGGAAUGGACAAAUUGAGAAAAACGUGUAAGUAGCUGACAACAUUCUUCUAUAUUCCACACCAUAGACCAGCAAAACAGAAAAAAAGAACGUCUAAAAACUCAUGCAUUGCUGAAGUUUCGUUUAGGUGUCUAUAUUGGACAAAUAUAAAUAGCAGUGCUUUUCAAAUGACCAACUGAACCAAGUUACUUUUUAUGAGAAUAGCCUAUUUUCCUAAAAAUAUUUUGGAGAACCUGACUUUAAUCGGAGAGCGCGAACGCGUAUUCGUUUCGUGGUUCGUUAGUAGCAGUUUGGUCUACUGCUGUGUCGCCAUGAGUUUAGUUGGUGGAUUCCCUCACCAUCCGGUGAUGCAUCAUGACGGCUACUCCUUUGCGGCAGCAGCAGCUGCAAGCCGCUGCCACGAAGAGAACCCCUACUUCCACGGUUGGCUGAUAAGCCACCCGGAGAUGUCUCCCCCAGACUACAGUAUGGCACCCUCGUACAGCCCCGAAUACUCCACCGGGGGCCCGGCGUUAGACCACGCACACUACGGAGGUGGUAUCCCCGGGGCUGGCGUCGCUGGGAUCGGGAUGGGACCUCGGCCGGUGAAACGGAGACCUACGGCAAACCGAAAGGAGAGGCGCAGGACUCAGAGCAUCAACAGCGCCUUCUCCGAGCUCAGGGAUUGCAUUCCUAAUGUUCCUGCGGAUACUAAACUGUCCAAAAUAAAGACCCUCCGGUUGGCUACCAGUUAUAUCGCCUACCUCAUGGACAUUCUGGACAAGGACGAGCAGAACGGCGACGCAGAGGCCUUCAAAGCGGACUUCAAAAAGACAGAAGCAAAGGAGGAGAGGAGAAAGAAAGAAGUGAAUGACGUUUUGAAAAACACAGCGAGCAGCAAUGACAAGAAAACCAAAGGAAGGACUGGUUGGCCGCAGCAUGUCUGGGCUUUGGAACUCAAACAGUGAAUACCCUUCUUCUCCUCUCAAAAAAAGACUUGAAAUGAUGAAAAACUCUUCUUCUAGACUUUAUUUGUACUCUCACGCUAUUUAAUGGAAUAUUUAUGUGCAAUUGCCGCUACGGAGAGUGGAUAUUUGAAGAGAAAAAAAAACAUUCCAUUUUUAAGAGGAGGAGAUACAACACCCUUUGGUAAGGGACUUUGUCAUUAUCUGGUGUUGUUGGUUGGAUGUUUGUUGUUGUCCCAAGAGUAAACCAAACAGAAAUAUUGGACACUAUGGUGUAUGUGAAGUCGUUCUCAAUCUAUCCCUAUCUCCAUCUAUCUCUCUUUGGAUAUAAAUACCAAUGGUGUUUGGCUGAUGUCGUGGAUGCAGUUCAAGCAAAUGUUUUAUUUGAAAAAAAGUAAUGAAGUGUUAUGUUGUCAUUUUUGUGGUCGUAUACAGUAUUUGAUAGUGUUUUAAACAACUGUUUAGUCCACUCAAUUGCACUUCCGUCCAGAGACGUGGAAUUUAAAUCAUAUUUGAGAUGUAAACAAUGUAAUUAAUUCAAUAAACCACUGUUUUUAAAAAAAAAAAAAAAAAAAGUCAACCACCUUGUUGCAUAAUUAAAGUGAAAAUACGAGGCAGACUUUAAAGGGUUUAUUCUAUACCAAACUCAUUCAAAGUAAAAUAUCGCUUGCAAGGUAUGACAUAUUCUUCAAAAAACAGUAGCUUUUCCCCUCGAAUAGAAAUAAAAGUAUUAUAUAGCUAUAGUAAAAAUGAAAUCAUGCAUGUUCUGUUUGAUUAGAGGUAGCCUAGGCCUCAAUUUUAUUUCAAACUAAGGCCUAUAGGCUUGCCUGGGCUCUCCCUUCCCGAGUACUGUCAAACAGCAAUCCACAACAGCUCCUCAAGUAGAAACAGAAACAUUCCCACGCGCAGGAGAAACUGUCUGUGUCGUGUUUGUAGCCUAUUAGAACAUGCGGGUUCUGACAUAUGUGAUCGUGUAGGAGAUAAAUAUAGUCUAAGAAACAGCUUACAAUGAAACUAAAUAUCUAUUUUGGUGCACAGAAGAUGUAUGUGCAGUGCGCCAGACGAAUAAUUACGUUGUGUUCUUUUCGGUCAGCAAUAAGCUGCCAUAAGGGUAAAUUAUAUUGUUUACGUCAAACGUAUGUUCAUGGGGGCUAUGACCUAUUCAACAGAAUCACCAGGAAAUGUAUCCAUGCUUCAACAACAUGCAACACAGCUCAUUGUUGUCAUUUUCCUCCUUGAUUAUAGGCAUCUUAUUAUUAUCAUGACGGCUACUUUGACGUAUAGUAUUAUUAGUAGGCUGUUGUUACAGACUGAUAUUAUUAGCCCUAUCAUUUAGAUGAUUGCUAUUACAUGCUAAUUCCUCAUUAACAGCCCUGCUAGUAGUGUAAUAUUGGUACCUAUAGGCUAGUAUCCUUGUUGUUGUCAUUCAAUAUCACCAGGAUUAAAUAAACAAAUAGACUAGG